AUGAGUCGCCGUUCGAGUGUGAUUUGUGCCAGGAGCCGAUCCGCGCACCUGCACCUGCUCUUGCUCUGCGCUGUGCUGGCCAGCGGCAGCAUUGCCCAAGCAGCGCUGCGUCUGCGCCACUCCAGCCGCCUGGCCAGCACCACGCCCACCACCGUGGCCACCACCAGCAGCAGCAGCAACUCCAGCUCCAGCUCUAGCUCCAGCUCGACAGCUGAGGCUGAUACCACGGAGCAGCAGCUGGAGGAGACGGCAGCUGUGGCCGAGGAGUCGCAGCCAGCCAAGCACAAGCGCGGCAUACUCCAUGGCGCUGCCGGCCACUGGCCCGGACGCACCUAUGCGGCCCAGUAUGGCUACAGCCUGCAGCUGCCCGCGGCGACGACCUUUCUAGCUGCAGCGCCUGCCCAUCGCCAUCAUGGCUUCAUCAAGUACCCCGCUGGCUUCCACAUCAAGCAGUACGCCAAUGCCCUGCCCGCUGGCUUGCUGCCCGGCGCCACAGCAGUCUCGCCUGUGCCCGCUGUGCCCGCCUUGCCCGCCGUGCCCGCCGUGCCCGCCCUGCCCGCUGUGGGUGCCCUUGCGCCUGCUGUGGGUGGCAUUGCCUCAACCGUGGCUGGCGCACCCUCGUAUGUGCUGCGUCCGGGCAACGCUGUCGUCUCCUCCUACAGCGUCAACUAUCCCCAUCAGCACCUGCACAGACCCCUGAAGCCCCUCCACUACCACCACACCCUCCAGCCUUCCUAUAUACAGACCGUCGCACCUGUGCCCGCUGCUCCAGCAGUGCCCAUACAGCCCGUCCAGGCCAUACAGCCCAUACAGCCCGUCCAGCCCGUUCAACCUGUUCAGCCCGUUCAGCCCGUUCAACCCGUUCAGCCUGUUCAGCCCAUUCAGCCCUUCCAUCCUGGCUUCACUUUUGCCACAGCCGAGUUUCCAGCUCCGCCCGUGCCCACAUUCGUGCAGCAAGCCUUUCCCGCUGUUCCAGUUGCGCCCGCCGCCCCAGAAGUUCCAGUAAUUCCACAAGCGCCACAAGUUCCACAAGUGCCACAAGUGCCACAAGUUCCACAAGUACCACAAAUCCCGGAUCUGCCGCAAUUCCCACAGCUUCCGCAGCUCCCAGCGUUCCCGCAGUUCGGCAGCCCGCAGUUCCCCUUCCCGCAGAUUCCACAAUUCCCUCAGGCGCCUAGCACACCCGCUGUUCCAGCUGUGCCCGCCGUGCCCACCACGCCCGCCGCACCCGCCGCUCCCGCCACGCCCUCCAUACCCACUGUGCCCGCCUUUCCCGGCGCGCCCGGCAUUCCGCCCAACAGCCAGUUCUUCCCGGCUGCAGUGCAGCCACCGCUGCCACAGCAGCCGCCCAGCUUUGGCCAGCCGGAGGCGCAGUUUCCGGGCGGCAUAACGCCGCUGCCCGGAUCGACGCCCGUGCGGCCAGACACUGGCACGGCCAUCGCCUCGCCCCAGAUACCCAACACACCGGAGUCGGAGCAGCCAGAGCAGCCGCAGAACUCGCCACAGCCCGCACAGCCGCAGCCACAGCAGCCGCAGCAGCCCUGGAGGCCGGUGUUCUAUCAGCCGCCAGCCACGCCCGGCCGCCCAUCCAUCACCCUGCUGCCGCCGUACGGCAGCAUGCCAGCCGAGGGCUAUCUGCCGCCCGUGGGCACGCAGGCCGCACAGCUGACCUCCGCCAGCGCCGGCCAGGGCGCCCAGGAUGUCUUUGAUCAGCUGAGCAGCGCCGAAAUCGAGCACAUCUUCGCCCAGGCGAAUCUCGCGCAUCACAACCACCAACAGCAGCAGCAGCAGCAGCAGCGCUAUCAGCAUUACUGACUGCGCUGCUGACGUCAUCGAUCAGCUGUUGGGCUUCAUCUU